UGCUUUUAAUGUGAGCUUUCCAGGCGAUUUAUUUCAUAAGUAAACAAAUAGCAAUAUCUUUUCUACUAAAAACGAAAUCAAACAUCAGAAAUCGUAGUAUCAGAAUACGGCUCGGAAGCCAAAAUAUAUUUCCAAAAUAAACUAUGACGACAAAAUCAGAUGUGUUGACUAUUGGAACAGAGACCAGUGAAACUUUAGAUGAACGCCGUAUCCCAAAGAGCCCCAAAGAGCUGCAAGACUCUGAUUUAGAGAAAUACUUGCAGAAAAUAUUACUAAAUAGUGCUAAGCCAUUGACAAACGUAUACUUAGACGGAUCGGUAGAACGGUUUUCAGCGAAUGAAAACAGGAAAAAUGGACAAUAUACUUACGAGUUCGGUCCGAGUGAUAAGAUAAAUGGUUGGAUGAUUAGUUGUCCUACCUUUGAACCAAAAGGCGUUCUCAAGCGUGUAAAAGACAAAAUCAGUAAACAACACUGGAUUUCUGAAAACGUUGCCAAGUAUCCCAAGGAUUCGAGAGAUUUCAUAAUGGAAACUGUUUCAAAAGCUGUUGAUGAGGAGUACUCUGAUAUAUAUGAUUACCUGACUUAUCUGAACGAACACAACAAGUGAAGAGAGAAGUUAAUUCUAAGCUUUUAGUUCAUUUCAUUUGUAAAUAAACAUAAAACUGCUCAUAACAAAAAUCAGAUAUUACCAUGACGUCAAACUCGACAGUUCUAACUAUUGGAAGUGACUGAACGGAAAACAAUAUUACGAGUUUGGAACUGAUAGUUUCACAAACAGAACUAUUAUAAGUGGACCAGCAUUUAGUCCCAAAGACGUAGAAGCGUGUUAGGAAUAAAAUCGGUAAAGAGCACUGGGUCAACAAAAAUGUAAUUCAGUACAAAAAAAUCUCCCUGUACUUCAUACAGGACGUUGUUUCCGGUGCCUUGAAAGAAGAAGAAAUUGAAAUCUACCAGUUUUUAAGUUAUCUUAACAAAACAAGAAGCAAAAAGUGAUAUUAGUCAAAUAAACUUUUUACCCAUUGUUAUAUUUUAUAA